ACUCAUCAACAAGCUCCAACCCGGCUCAGUGCCCAAGGUCAACGAACCAGGACAGAACUGGCACAAGCUGGAGAACAUUGGGAACUUCUUGAGAGCCAUCACACGUUACGGGGUGAAACCCCACGACAUCUUCGAGGCCAACGACCUCUUCGAGAACACCAACCACACGCAGGUGCAGUCAACCCUCAUCGCCUUGGCCAGCCAGGCCAAGACCAAAGGGAACAACGUUGCUCUGGGGGUGAAAUACGCCGAGAAGCAGCAGAGACGUUUCCACCCCGAGAAGCUGCGAGAGGGGAGGAACAUCAUCGGCCUCCAGAUGGGCACA